GGUAAGGCGCGCAGUGUUUUGUUAGUAAUUGUGACUUUGAAAUAAAUUAAGUCUCCGAUUUGUGUUUAAUUUUAUAGUGUCGAAAUGUAUAAAUAUUGUAUGGUGCCGAAAUGUAUAAGCACAACUAUUAAAACGCCAGAAAAACUGUUUUUUUGCGUGCCUAAAGACCCAAAACUUCGCAAGAAAUGGUAUUCUCUCGCAAAAAGAGAUGUUAGAAUUCCACCCAAUUCCCAGACUACAAGAUAUUGCUGUGAAGAUCAUUUCGAUUUGGAAGAAGAUAUGGAAAAUUACGUAAAGUUUAAGUUGGUUGGAGGAAGGCUUAAACUGAAGAAGGGAGUUUUGCCUCAUAAGUUUGAAUGCCAGAAGCCUCAAAAAAAGAAAAUUAUAAGAACCGGUUUCAAAAAACGACAGGACAUAGAAUAUUUGGAAAGACUUUUAAGUAGAGAUAUUGGACACGAAGACCUGUCAUUACACCCCAUUGAAGAAGUAAAGUGUGAACCAGACAUAAAUAUAAAUAUCCAAAACAGUGAUCCUCUUAUCACACCUGAAGAAAUAGAGGAAUUAUCGAAAAACAAUGAAAGGGGUCAAAAAUCACAAGCAGUGCAGGUGCAUCCAAAAAUGAAAAAUAAAUCUACUAAUACGCCAAUCAAAUGGAAACAGCCAAUAGAAAAAAAAAGUAAUUCGUAAAAAUCUUGAUCUAAACGUUUCCUUUACGAUCAGCAACUCAAACUCUAAUUAAUUAUUAGUUCUUUUGGUGUUAAUGUUGAUAUCGAGUCGACUGAUUUAGAAAUAAUAAAAAUAAUUAACAAUAACGUUUUCAAUGAGCAAUGCAAAAAGGCGCCCUAAUGGCUAUAUCUCGAGAUCCAAAAUUACUGAUAGGCCUUCCUGCUCAUUCGUACUUUUGUAUUAAACAUUUACAGAACUUUACGGUAUUAUCAUCUAUUGAAAUCCUAGUGACUACGAAAAAUCCGAUGGCAUGACCCAAACUUAAUGCUUGCAAUACAUUUUGGCAUCUCUGUUUUAAUAUUUUAAUAAAAUUCUCCCAAAAGUUGCAUUAUGCCUGAAUUUUCUUAUUAUCUGGCCAUCAGCAGAUGAUGUCAGGGAAAACUUGCCGAUAGCUUUUAGGAAGCACUAUUCUAAAGCGAUUUUAAUAAUUGAUUGUUUCGAAAUUCAAAUCUAGAAACCUAGCAACGCUUCGCACCAAGCGGCUACAUGGUCUCAAUAUAAAAGUUGCAAUACGAUUAAGUACCUACUUGAUUUCAAUAACACCUGACAGUUUGAUAAAAUCUCUGAGGGAUAUGAAGGGACGACCCCAGACUCAAUAAUAUUUGAAGACAGCGGAUUUCUUGACAAAUUGCCACAAGGAAGCAUUGUGUUAGCUGACAGGGGUUUCAAAAAUAUUUCCCAUUUAUUGGAGCAACGUGGUUGUACACUCCUGAGGCCGCCUAGUGUGAGUUCCAACUCAAAACCUGCAGCAGAGGAAGUCUUGUAAACAAAGAGAAUUGCUGUUAUUAAGAGUUCACGUUGAAAGAAGCGUAGGGAAGUUGAGAGACUUUAAAAUGAUCGGACCUCACGCAUGUGUCGAUAUUUCAUGCACACAGUUUUGGAUAAUAUUGUAACAAUAGCCUGUGAUUUAGAUAAUUUACAUAAUCGUCUAUUUAGUAAUCAAGUUUAAGAAUAAAAAUGCUUUCUUUUA